AUGCUCCGACACUCGUUUCAUUUCCACGCACCGUCUCUCGCGGGUUAAAUCAUUAAAUGUUGACUGGCAACGUACGACACGUAACGAUUUAAACAAGAACCGCGCGUCGAGCUACCAACCGAACGAUACCAACGACGUCGCGUGACCGCGAGGUGAUCCAACCCUCUAUCGAUCAUCGAAAUCGACGCGAAGAGAUUCUUCUCCGCGUCGUUGACUAAAACUUAUCACCGUUUUACCAGCUGGCAACAGUUUCGUUUCGAAAUCUUUCGUGUCGAGAAGUCGCAACAAGACACUAAAACAUUCCGCCGUUCACCGUUCCAAAAUUCUUGCGAGGGUGCUUUAAAGCUCCAAGUAUCGUCAAGAGUCGUGCUUUAGUUGGAUUGGAAUUUAGUCGAGAGAGCAAGUCGAUGUGUUUGAAAACUGUCUGUAAAAGUGUUCGUGUUCUUGGUCGAUUUCCAAUUUCGAAUUUUUCUCGAAGAAGAACAACCAUCGAAUCGACGAGUAUCCUUAUCGAACGUUUCACGCUGUUUUCCAUUACUUCCUCGGACAAACGAGUCGGCAUCUGUGAAAAUGCGCUUGCGCUGAAAAAGCUCUUCUUUUCUUAAUAACGAUAAUUUACGAUAUUUUCCCGCGCUCUUCCAAAGUACGAGCUGGCUCUAUGACAUUUACAAUCUUCGCGUGUUUACAACGUGCGAUCGACGCCUCGAAACUCGGAGAAGACCGGUCGACCAGUUGAUCGAUUUUAUCGCAGUGGCUCAGAAUUCGCAAGUGAGCGCAGAACCUAGUCCCGCCGACGAACAGCAGCAGAUCAGCGCAGAUUCAGCAGGAAGAGCUCGCCGAGAUCCAGCAAUCCGCAAGAACAAGAUCAAUUUAAUAUCGAUUGAAGCCCAUCGUCGAGCACGAAGAUUUCUCAUCUGACCCUAUCACCAAGCCAGAUUCACCCAACUGCGUCGAUAUCGUAGAAUGGUAGAGAGUGAACCUGGCUCAAAGCACAAUCAUAAGUGUGAUGUAAAAGACGAGCGGCUAAACGGCUGUGGCUCCAAGGAUCUCGAACUUGCCCGUAUUGGAACUAAGGGCAAAACCCUAGAUCCCGAGAAAGGAUCCUGUGUUAAAGCAGACUUUGAGAAGGCCAUUGAGCUUACCGACUAUGGGAAAUUCCACUACUUCCUCCUCACGGUAUGUGGUUUCGUCAGCACCAGCGAGGAGAUGGACGUGAUUUCCAUGUCCUUCAUCCUACCGAGUGCACAAUGUGAUCUAAAGCUCGACACACAAGCCAAGGGAUGGCUCAAUUCCAUUAUCUUCAUCGGCAUGAUGGCCGGCGCGUACGCUUGGGGCUCUGUAGCGGACGCCCUAGGUCGUCGAAAGGUUCUCAUCGCCAUCUCAUUCACGAACGCGCUAUGCAUCGUAGCCUCCAGCUUCAGCCAAUCCUAUGAACUCUUCAUGUUCUUUCGCUUUCUCAACGGCGCUGCGCUCGGAGGUAGCGGACCUGUCAUCUGGUCAUACUUCGCUGAGUUUCAGCCAAAGUCUAAACGAGGCUCGAUGCUGUCUUUUAUGGCUGCCUUCUGGACACUUGGGAACCUCUUUGUUGCUGGCUUGGCAUGGUCGAUCAUCCCUAACGACAUCGGCAUUGCGAGUUCGGCGUUCACAUACAAUUCUUGGCGAAUCUUCCUGCUGAUCUGCGCUGCUCCGUCGUUUAUCGUCGCGGGGCUGCUCCUGCUGCUCCCUGAAUCCCCUAAAUACCUCUUGUCUUGCGGAAGAUACGAAGAGGCACUCGACAUCUUCCGCGGGAUAUACGCCAUUAAUACUGGCAAACCGCGUGACAGUUACACGGUUAAAGAAUUGAUUCUCGACGACUUUCAAGAGCCGGAACCGGCGAAGAUUGGCGUCGAAAAAAACAAAUGCAAAACAAUGCUCAGCGAUAUCGUAGACAACAGUAAACAACUCUUCAUAUCACCGAUUCUUCGCUUCACCAUCAUCUCGAUCAUUAUCAACUUCACUUUUCACAUCGGUUAUUAUGGUCUGAUGAUGUGGUUCCCGGAACUGUUCAAUCGUUUCGACGAGUUUCAUCGCGAUCAUCCCGAAAAGAUCGCUUCGAUAUGCCAGGUUACCGAAUACGUGGUUCAAAAGGGGUCUCACAAUGUUGAGAAUCUUUGUUCGGACAAAAUCGGCGCCUCUGUUUUUUUAGAGUCGUUGAUCACAGUGGCAUCCGCCAUUCCUGCAAAUAUUGUCGCCGUUUUAGGAAUGGAUCGUCUCGGUCGUAAAUUCUUUCUUGUGUUUAGUACGCUUUCAUCAGGACUGUGUUCAAUAGGGUUAUACUUUGUGUAUAAUAAACACCAUAAUCUGAUUGUUUCGGCUAUCUUCAGCGGUGUGAUAAGUUGUGGAAACGCAGCGUUGGACUGUCUAAUAACCGAGGUUUUCCCAACGCAUCUUCGCGCGACCGGAAUAGCCAUUUCUAUGGUCGCAGCACGUCUAGGUGGAAUUAUUGGAAACAUCGUAAUAGCUCAACUUUUGGAUAUGUACUGUCCAGCACCAACUUUUAUAGUUGCUGCCCUCUUAAUUGGAGGAGGAUUAUUGUGCUUAUUCUUACCAAACACAACGCGGGAACCACUUUCUUGACACUGGUGGGGAAUUACAUCAGACCUAAAUCGAUGUACAGUCAUAUACACAUUUUUAAGGAAACUCGACGUUUUAAAAUAGCAUAUGUAUGCACAUACAUCUGCUCAUAUUUAGUUCAUAAACGAAUGAUCAUUGUAAACAGCAUAUUCCUGUAAUCGAGCUUCACAUUCUUAUUUUACAUAUCAAAUUUAAAUGACAAUAAAGAAGUAACAUUAGCAGUUAGGCUCCAUAAUAGAUCGCAAACUAAAUUUAAAAAAAAAAAUAUGAUACGAAUGCGAAUUCGUAUGACAUUCUCAAAGUAUAUGAAAUUUAUACACUGAUUCUGAAUCCGAAAUGUAGAUACAGCACCUAUACAAUGGAAUUUAGGUAACAUAUUACUAUGUACUUUUUUAUGUUUCAUCGUUCGUUCACAUUUCCAACACAGCCAUUAUUGUCGUACGUUGUCUUUUACA